AUGACAACACAAGAACCAAACGAGUCCGUAACGUUGGAACUCAUUAGCCAACACCUUCUUGAAGAUUUCACCAUUACAGAGUCAUUUCUCCAAAGCCUUAAUCUUUGUUUCUCCGAUGUCUUCUACAACGAUCAAUUUUCCGGUCCCGAAAAAUUAGACUCCCCUACAUCCGUUUCGAUUUCAAAACAACCCAACUCAAUAUCCUCCACAUGCUUUAAAACCGAACCUCAGUUCUUUGAAAUCGAAAUGAAGCCUCAAAUCAUCGAAAACUCCUCACUGGGUGCUCAAAAUUCAGCUUCCAGCACUUCUCCUCCUCCUCCGGCGGAACCAGUUAAAACCCACCCGGAAGAAAUUGGUAUUUUUCACAGUUCAGGUGAAAUAACGUCGAAUAUUGAAGCUGGAAGGCGCUAUAGAGGAGUCAGGCGGAGGCCAUGGGGGAAGUACUCGGCUGAGAUUCGUGACCCGACCCGGAAGGGAUCUCGGGUUUGGCUGGGGACUUAUGACACUGAUAUUGAUGCAGCUAGAGCUUAUGACUGUGCAGCCUUCAAGAUGAGAGGAUCGAAAGCGAUUUUGAACUUUCCGUCGAAUGCCGGGAAAUCCGACCCGCCGGAAAACACUGGCCGGAAGAGGAGAAGAGUAAAGACUGCACAGGAUUGCACGAGUCCUGUUUGA